UGCAUGUGUUGCUCUAAGCAGGAGCUAUUUUGCCUGGCAUAAACUGCCACAUAUUGAGUUCGUUGGGGAGAUGGCAGAGGACUAUGGAGGUCCAAGGAGAGAGUAUUUCAGACUCCUCAUGAUUGAAUUGCAGGAAAAGAUGGGCAUUUUCCAAGGAAGACCAGGGCGGCUGCUUUUCAGCUAUGACCAGCGGGCGUUGGCACAAAACAAGUUUUACACUGCGGGAAAGCUGGUGGCCUGGUCCAUUAUGCACAAUGGACCAGGUGUCCAAUGCCUGAACCCAGACUUAUUUCUGCUCAUGUGUGGCCAGAAGCCUGAGAUGACCUCCUUUGACCUGGAUAUUUUCCAGGAAGAGGAGUUGAAGAUGAAGCUUGAAAAUGUUGUGAGAUGCGGCACCAGUGAGGAGUUAGAGGAGCUCAAAUGCACAAUGGGGGACUGGAUAGCUGACUGUGGUGUGCCAAACAUUUACACAGCCUCUGUCAGGGACCUGCCUACAAUUCACAGGCAAAUAGUUACUCAUUACUUGUACCACAGGGUGGCCAGUAUGGUCCAACAGUUCAUUGCCGGGAUGAAUUCAUGUGGCCAGAUGUGGGAGAUUGUGGCGAUGAACUGGAGAGAGUUCCUCCCACUGUUCACAAAUGCAACACAGAAACUCUCCAGGAAUGACAUCAGGAACCUCUUCACAAUAUCCUGGAGUCCACAGGGCAGCAACCACAGAACAGGAGGAGGAGACGGUCUUCCAGUGGGAGUGCUGGCUGAUGUCCAUUCAAGAAGAAGAGAUGGAUAUUUCCUUCGAGGAGUUAGUGGUGUUUGUGACAGGGGCCGAUUCUAUCCCCCCUCUUGGGUUCCCGCAGAAAUGCCAGCUUGACUUCUAUAAUCAGGAGGAUGGGAGCUGCCGCAUUCCUUAUUCAUCAACAUGUAGCCUUUGCCUUUUCCUCCCGAGAGGGGUUACAGAAGAAGAGGAGUUCAGAAGACUUAUGUUCCUUGCCCUGAAAGGGUCUCUUGGUUUUGGGAAGGUGUGAGGUAGAACAAAAAGUGUUCAUUUAAUGGGAAGUAGGCAUUGGAUUGUUUACAC